AAUCGGGAGAGGGGCCGGGCCCGGAGCUAACAGGGUGCAGCCCCGCCGCGCAGCGCGUCCCAGCCCCGUCCCGGCGGCCGCCGCGCUGCGUGAAGCUCCGCUCGGGGACCCCGCGCUUGCCUCGCUGCCUCUCGCCGUUCUCUCCCCGCCGCCUUUCCCCGGGUCCUGCUCAGCCCCUGCCGCUGCCGGGGAGAUGCUGGUAGCGGGGCUGGCGCUGGCGCUCUGCGCCCUGCAGCUCUGCCCGCCCGCGCUCGGCGGGUCGCAGCCGGCGCUGCUGGUGGAGCGGAGCGGUUCCCGCAGGCUGAGCAAGGUUGGUGGCUUUUCCUGGGAGAACUGUGGUGAUGGGAAGGACCCUGUGGUGCUGCAGAGCCUCUCCGUGGCACCCGACCCCAUCUCCAUCCCAGGGAGCCUGCGCGUCAGUGCGGCUGUCAGCGGCAAAAAGACCAUGGCCUCCCCUCUGAAGGUGUCGCUGGUGGUGGAGAAGGCGCUGGGUGACCUCUGGGUCCAGCUGCCCUGCAUUGACCAGCUGGGCAGCUGCACCUACAACGAUGUCUGCACCAUCAUUGACAACCUCAUCCCACCCGGCACACCGUGCCCGGAGCCACUGCUUACCUACGGCAUCCCGUGCCACUGCCCCUUCAAAGCGGGCUCCUACUCCCUGCCAGCCAGUGACUUUGACCUGCCCGACGUGGAGCUGCCUUCCUGGAUGACCAACGGCAACUACCGUGUCCAGGCGGUCACCAGCAGCAGCGGGGAGGAGCUUGCCUGUGUCAAACUGGCCUUCUCCCUGAAGUCCCAGUGAGGGAUGGGGACCGUCCCUUCUCUCCCCACCACCUUUGUCCGCUGUCCCAUGCCAUCCAGUUGCAUCCCAUCCUGCCCCAACCUGUCCCUGUGAGAUGCCUCCCUCCCGCUGCCAAGAGGAGGCAGCCCCCUGCCCUGCUCAGUGCCCCCCUCCCCUGCUAUGCACAGAAAGGUCCCUCUGGCUGUCCCCAUCCUCAUCCCCAGGGUUUCCCCUGCCCCAGCCUUUCAGUGUGAUGUGGGGGCAGUUAUUUUUUACAUGGUUUCUCUUUUUUUUUUUAGUCCCAUCAGGGCAAUUUUAGACAAAAACAUUCCAGGGAAAAGCAAUAUUUCUUGAAGCAGUGCAUGGGGAGGAGGGAGUGUUUGGGAGUGCUGGGGCAGGCUGGAGGGAUGCAGAAUUAGCUGCUGAGGGUGUCCCUACUUGCCCACCCCACCUCUGGCCAAAGCAUGGGCCUGUUUUACAGAAGUGUCCCCAAAGUGGCUGCAGGAGACCUGUCCCCCUUCAGUAGCUCUGGGUCUGCUUUUGGUGCAUCCCUGUCCUGUGCAUGGGACCAGCUUGGCAACAGGAAGCACCCAUGAGAGCACCUCCCCAUGUCCAUUUUUGUGACAAACAUCACAAGCACAAGAGGACUAAAACCACCAGAGUCCCAGAUGGACAUUCCCACUCGUGAGGGACCAAGUGGCUGGUGCUGCUCCCAGCUGCAGGAGAGGUGGCUGGCUGCACUGGCUGUGGGGGAGGUACAGCCUGGCUGGGGACAGGUCCCACUCAUCUCAUUUUGCCACUGGGACAGAGCUCAGGCAGGAUGCUGCACUGGAACCAUCCUUCCAGCGUACCGGCAGAGGCACUCCCAGGGAGCAGCAUCCUGGACAUGGGAUGGACUGGGAGAUGGUAAUGAAGACCAGCAGCCUGGGUCCUAUUUGUGGCCCUGCAUCCCAUCUCCCAGUCGUGUUUGGAGGCUGAGGCAUCAUCCUUCCUGCCUGCUGCUCCGGGCAGGGUCAGUGUCUGAAGCCACCUGCCUAUGGGGCAGAGAAGCAGGUGACCCACCACCCCCCUGCAUCCCUUACUCCCUCAAUGUUCCUGACUGCUCACAUUUAGUGUAGGGCUGGCCUUCCUCCAAGCACUUUAUACGCCUUAACUACUGUCGGGCUGCCCUGGUGGGAGGUCCUGUGCUGCACAAACCUGCUCCCAUCGCCUUUCCGCGUCCUUGAUUUACUUCACCCUGCUGCUGGGUCCAACCCGGGUUUGUUUUGCCUGGAGAAGUGCUAACCUUGUCACCCCGCUCCCCACCGCUGCACAGCGCUCGUGCCAGGGUGGGCAGGUACUGUAGGUUCUUAAUAAAUCUUUUUACCAGGAA